UCUCUAAGCAAGCAACAAUACCCAUCAAAGUAUUAUCAACAAAAUACAAUACCCAUCAAAGAAAAUGGCAAGCAGCCAGCUCAUUGUUCUUGUCUCCUCACUUCUGCUCCUCUCUUUGGCCUUCCCUACCAUAUCUGCUUAUGAAACUGUCUCAGGAAACAAAACUGUCCCAUCAAACAAAACAACAGAGAAGAAAACUGAAGUAGUAGUGGAAGGCAUUGUUUACUGCCAGAGCUGUGAGCACACAGGCACAUGGUCUUUGUCUGGGGCUACACCAAUCCCUUCAGCUAAAGUAAGUGUCAUCUGCAAGGACCACAAAGACAGAGUCAGCUUCUACAAGGUUUUUGUAACAAACCCAAAUGGCUACUUCUAUGCAGAACUUGAUGGAUUCAAGAUGGGUAACCCUCUAUUGGACCACCCCCUCCAAGGAUGCCAGGUGAAACUUGUUUCAUCUCCUGUUGAAAAUUGCAACCUCCUCACCAAUGUCAACUAUGGGCUAUAUGGCGCUCCUCUUCGUUACGAAAACAAGAGAUUGGUUGGACAGACCUAUGAGGCUGUGAUCUAUGCUGCAGGUCCCUUGGCUUUCCGCCCAGCUCAUUGCCCUUUCACAGCUCAUAACUAAGAUUAAUGACAAUUGUCGUCGGCCCCUGAGUAAUCUUUCUUAUAAUUUUCAUCUUUGCAUUUUUCACUAUAUUGUUGAUUUAUCAGAUUGGAGAGGAAUAUGUUGGUUUGUACUUUGUACUAAUUGAUUGGAUGAAGUUUAUUUAUGCUGCUUUAAAUUAAGAA